AUGGUGCUCUCGUUGUCUUUUGUCGACACAGAUAAAGAGAGCAGUUCAAGCCACAAGCUGACCUGUUUUUGGAAUAAAAAGAAUACGGACUCCUCUGGAAUUUCCCUGGGAAUUUAUUCGGAAAGCUCCGUGACCGAGGUUGUGCGUCUACAGUCCGGCGAUAUACCACAGCCCAUGCAGCCACGGAGAAUCACAAAUGAGGGCAAGGACAGCAGCUCGCCUCAGAUUGGUGUGAGAUGUCUGUAUGCGCCUGUGUGUGCGAAUGCUGGGGACUACAGAGUGGAGUGA